GUGUCUUGUACUCAGUCACCUUUUCACGCUCACCCCUGCAGCUAGCACAUCAGAUCUGCAGCAGAGGCUAGUCAACAGCAUGCGAGUCGUGUGUGUUUUGUUAGGGGUGCUGGUUGCAGGGGCACGGGCUGUGGUGCUGCCACAGAUCACGGAGCCACCAUGUGACUCUUUAGAGGCCGAGGCUGCUGCCGCAUUCUUCCAGGAUUACAUCAAUGCUCAGCGCACCACCGGAUUCAAGUUUGCCCUGAAUCAGAUUGAUAAGAUAAAAAUCAGGACCUUGCCAGAUAUGGAGAUCUACAAAAUGGAACUCGACCUAUUGGAGACCAAGUGCCAUGUCCUGGAUCCAACACCAGUAGCUGCUUGCCCAGUCAGGACUAAAGCAGAAGUGGCUGUGGAUGCUGACUGUGAUGUUGCCUUCAUCAAAUCUGGUGGAGUUUUAAAAGUCACUGAACACAGAUGCAAAACUGAGCCAGAAUCAGCAGAGGAUAUGUGUUUGGGAUGUCCUCAGCUUCUGCCCCUAAAUGACACCAAUGCUCUUCAAAUGGCUACAGUCUCUCUUGCGGCAUUUAACAACAGAACAGCAAAUGUCUCCAUCAGCAAGUAUGCUGUGUUAGAAGUUGGUCGAUUGAGCACUCAGGUUUUAGCUGGGGGGACUCAUGUCUUUGCCGAAUAUGCUAUUGUGGAGACAAACUGCACAACCACAGAUGAUGGCGACUGUGUGCCACUGAAUAAAGCUGUAGCUACGUAUGGAUUCUGCAGAGCAGGAAGUGCCAGUGCAGGCAUGGCAGUUGACUGUCGUAUCUUUGAGCCACAGCUUGCGGUGGAGCCUGCUAUGAAUGGCACGGUGCCAGCCACAAACAGCACGGUCCCUACAACAAACAACACCGUUCCGGCUAGUAGUGGCAUUAUGCCACUACUAAUGGUUGAUAUGAUGCUGUCAGCAGAAUCUGCAGAGUCACUGGACCCUGUAAAGGUGGCAUCAGUCAUCCCUAUUGUGAAGAGACAAGCACCUGUGGCUGAAACAGUGGCACCUGGUGGCGAGCCAGCAGCCGUACCAUUUGUUCCCAUUUGUCCAGGAAAGAAAAAACACUUCUAAGCAAUUGGUCAAGCCCACCUUCAAUUCAUAACUUGGGCCAGGAUUAAUUCUGCUAUACACCGAGAGGUGUUUGUGCUGGAUUUCAGCAAUGGGCUUGCACUCACUCCUGUUUUUAAGAUGUAUGCUAUGCAUCCUAUGACCUUUCAAAUGGUGCUUAUGAAAAAAACAAAAAUGUACUAAGGGCUCUUUGAACUGUAUGAACUGAUGACUGAAUUAAAUAUUACAACACCCACAUCAA